UGCACGAGUAAUGAUUGCAGCCAGCAGAUAUAUCAAUUUGUCAUAGAUAUUGGUUGUUGAAUGCACAGUCAAUGAAUACGAACCCAGAGAGCAUAAUUGCUCCUUCGUCUAUAUUCUUCGUGUGGUCAUUAUUUCGCAAAGCUCUCUAUGUUUGCUUCUACUAGAAAACCGCAGAUGAGUUAUUUACAACGCAGGGCCACCUGAAAAUGCCCCUCCAAGCUCGGCCCUCUUCACCUGGAGCAGCAAAUUACAGUGGCGGAAUUAGCGCUGAGCGUGCUGAACUAGACCAGUUUAUAACCAACAUCCCCACACACACGUCCGAGCCCUCGGGACCAACAGCCAACACAACCCAACAAGUGCAAACUCUAAACCUCCUAAUAGGCCGAAAAGUGCAAAAGUCUAAUCCUAGAACCCAAAACUAGUGUGUUGCUGCAGACGCCAUGAAGCUGCAAGCCCUCGUCCUUGCACUCGGCCCCCUCGCCGGCGUGCUUGCCAGCCCUGUAGCCGGUCCUCAUGUUCAAGCCGCUGACAGUGGAGGUGCUAGCAACAACAAGAUAGAAGAUCUUGUAAAAUACAAUACCGAAUCUACUGAUAGUGGCGGCGCUAGCAACAACAAGAGACUCUUGAGCCGCGAUACUCAAUCUACCAACAGCGGUGGUGGCAGUUAUAACAAGAGACUCCUGAACCGCGACACUCAAUCCACCAACAGCGGGGGUGCCAGUUAUAACAAGUAAGCCUCUCGUGCGCUGCGAUAGCCAGUCUCAUAGUCGCGAAGAUGGGUAUAAUGAACAACGAUAUUGUAUUUGUUGUUUCGAGAGAUAGAGGCAUAAUAGAGCGUGCCUUGGAGAGAAUUUGCUAUUAGAUACCUAUUUGUUUUACUGACCUACUAUUGUAAUAUAGAUCCUUAUAUCCUUAUGCCGUACAUAUACCCGCAUUGUGUUCUGAACUCAAAUGAGUCCCAUGGCUCGUCUCGAGAUUUUGUGGCGCUUUGUUGGUGGCGCUUGAAACCACUAGCGUGCCCACAUCGAGCCUGAUCUCCAUUACGUUAGGUGUUGGUUGGUCGUUGUUUAUUAGCCUUGGACUACCCACUCCUGUUCUUCUUUCUCUCACUUUGGCCUGAACUUUGAACAAGUUAUCCCAG